AAGGAUACUUUUGGCUCCGGUUUAUCAUCCAGUUGAUCUUCACGCUCUCGCACAUUGGAUUUUCGGCAUACUUUUUCAUCCAAGUCGUCAAUUACAACCUUAGUCCCGGGACAUCCGAGUACAACUCGAUCUUCUAUUCAUCCUGGGUUGUCCUCUUUGGGUCCUUGUUCUUCCUCUUUCAAGAGUUUCGCGAGUUUCUCGACACACCAGACCGAUACAUCAGCUCCAUGUCAAACGCGGUCGACAUCGGAAUCCACCUCGUCACCAUCAUAAUCGUGCUACAGUCUGUGUGGCUUCAGCAAUCGGUGCCGCCGCUCCUAAUGUCGAUCGUGCUUGUUCUAUAUGCCACACGGGUGAUGCUGCAUCUGCGCAUUAUUCCCAGUGUGGGACCACUGGUUCGGAUAUGGGUCAGCGCAUCCGUCAACAUUCUUCCCAUCUUGAUUCCAAUGGCAGUAGUCAUCACAAGCUUUGCGGGCGGAUUCUAUAUCGUUGAGCGAGGGCUAUCCAAUACCGGUAUUCCUCCAUCGGUGCAUUUCUCUGACGCAGCGACAACAUUCCAGAGCGUGAUGACUAUGGCCUCGUGGGACUAUUCAGUUCUCGAAAACUCAUCCAACCCACAAGUAUUUACGCUAAGAAUGAUGUUCCAUGUUGUAUUUAUCAUUUUCCUGAUCAAUGUCAUCAUUGCCUUGAUGACCGUCAACGUUGCAGACAUUCACGCCAACACAACGGCCGCUUGGCUGAUGGAGAUUUCCGAUCUCAUGGUCGAGUUGGAUCUCCUCUGGCCAUUCCCUGUUCGAUACGAGCUCAGAUCGGAGAGCGAUAGAUAUAUGGAUGAGAAGUUGGAAAGUCAGUCCCGCCGUCCCAGCGAAGUGUCGAAUUUUGUUUUUAACAGCAACUCGAAGCCUACAUUCCUUGGUCGACUGCUCGAGCUGUGGGCAAAGGUAUCUGGAUCGCUUCGCAAAUCACACGAGCUCAUGGCCAAGGACGAUCCCCAGACAAAAUCUGUCCUUUUGUAUACCUGGCCGGCGGAAGAGGUUCGGAAAACGCAGUGGUGGGAAGCCGACAUUGCCGACGGCGAUCGCAAGCGGCAAAAGAGCAACUCAACCCAGCCUGCCGGUGGAGCUGGGCCGAACUGGACCAGUACCAUAGCCAGCGUUUUGGGCGUGCAAGAUCGGCAGCAGGCUCGAACUUUGCCUGGGGGUGGACGGGCAUCAAUUGUCAAGCUUGGAGAAAAAUCAGCCCUUCCGCGAUGUGACGAAGAUGAGGAGGCCUCAGAGGCUAUCAAUCUAGGAUUUAUAACAAACGAAGAGCUGGCAACGAGCUCCGAAUCGCUUCGAGCGCCAUUAUUGCACAAUGCCAAGUCUACAAACUUUUCGCGCACCGGUACCGUGGACUCUGCGCCGACAAACCAAGGCUCAGGUUUCCCCGCCGCACCCGUCGUCCCUGCUGUUACAUUUGGAACAACCCAGCCCCCACCGCAACGUAUGGGUCGUCGAAUGUCGAGAGCUGCUCUGGAUCCUGGAAUAAUCGAUGAGCGGCACAUUUCUAUAAUGUCGUCGAUGACAAAUCAAAACGACUUUCGAGAACUUGACGCCAAUGUCGACAAGCUCAAGAAAGAGUUUGGGAGCCAGCUUAGCGACAUCAAGAGUCUCAUUUCCGAGCUUGACAAGCAGUUCAAAAGCGAGGCUCGGACUCAAAAGGAGAAUGUCAAAAUUAUGAACGAGCUUUUGGAAUUUGAGCGGAAAGAUCGGGGCAUGGCGUUAUCCAAAAUCGAAGAGGACGUUCAAAAAAUGACCUCGAUCAUUCUGUCUGCAAAGGAGGACGAGGUAAACUCUGGAAAGCUGUUCAAGGUCUUCGGGAAGCGAGGAUCGACCAAAACACCAGCCGAUAGCACUGGGUAUCCAUCGUAGCCGAUGGCAACUGUAAAACACUUGGGCGAAUAUAGUCUCCCUCCCCCGACAAAA